GAUUAAUUCCCUUGGAGUCUCCACCGUCGACGUAAAUCAUCUCCCAACGCGUCGCCUUGUGCAACGUACUCUGUCUUUAUCGCUUGUGGGAUGUAACCUCCGCUUUCUCGCCCUCUUGCAGUCCUUUCGUCAUCAUUUUUACCGCCGACGCACCACUCUCUCCCCCCAGCAUGGCGUCUUGCUGCUUUCAUUGAACCACGCAGCGCCUCACUCCUUCAUCCAUGGACCCGACCGCCAUCGCAAUUCCCUUCCGAUCAAUCGUUUCGCAGCAGGAAUGUCCAUCCGGAGGACCACUGUGCCACGUUAGCUGAAUUGAUCGAUCAGCCAGUUCGACUGCAUUGAGCCUCCCCUGGAUUGUUUCUUCUCCCUUGCUGAGAGACACAUACGCCUUGUUUCAACUUUAAAGAGACAUCUGUCUUACCACGACCGAUCUCAGGACUCAGCAUGGCCACCCUAGGCCGUCAUAAUGGCCCGUGGGCCGACCACUAUCAUUCCAUCCAGUCGUCGACGACGACGCUGUUCCGGCAGCUGUUCAAUCGCCGCGCCAUUAGAGCGCGUCCGACCCGAGCGCUCUUUCUUACCAUCGCCACAUUCCUCGCCCUGGCCAUCUUCCUACUCCGAUCUCCCUCUCAACCACCUGUCAAUUACUGGCUGAAAUACCCUUCAUAUCACCCUUUUCGCCAACACCCCGAGGAUGCGACGAUCGUGCAAACCUCCCCUUCGACCCUGCGACGAAAUGACACCCUCCCGCCGAGUCUCCAGAAAUCUAAUCCCGCAUUCCACCUCGUCAUCCCCGCCACGAAAAAGUCGCCCGCCCUCUGUCGCAUGUUGACCUCCGCCAUGAUCCUCAAUUAUCCGCCCCCGACGUUGAUCGGCUACGGGAAAAACCUGCCGCAUGGCUCGCACGACUACGAGGGCCUGGUGGAUCGGAUAGCGGGCAUCUACAAGUUCCUGGCAUACACGCCGCAUGUGCAUGACAAUGAUUUCGUCUUGAUUGUGGACGGAAAUCAUGACUUUUUCUUCCAGCUGCCGCCGGAGGUCAUGAUCCAUCGGUUCCAGGAGCUGUUGCGGGAGAAUAAUGCCAAGCUGCAGAAGAAAUAUGGCCUGAUCAACGUGGAGCGGCCGUCCCGGACGGGCAGCACAGGCGCGGCGGAGACGAUGCAGAAGUACUCGCAGCGGGUCCUCUUCAGUGCUAGCAAGGAAUGCCUGGCUAGUUUGGCGGACGACGCGGGAUGCGUCUCUGUGCCGCAGUCCAGCCUGCCGCCGGACGUGUAUGGCUGGAAAACUGACCUUCCUUCGCAGGGCCAUCUGAAUCGGCCGCGGUGGAUCAAACCCGGUGCCUCGAUCGGCCAGGUGGCGGAUCUGAAGCUGAUAUACGCCGAGCUGAUGCGGUUUGUCGAGCAGCAUCGCAACGUCAAAGGCGACUACGUGGCGUUGACCCAGAUGUUCGGGCGACAGGAAUACGUGCGCGAGCUGGAACGACUCCGAACGUCCAGCGCCGUCAAGGAAUGGCUGUACCACAUGAUCGGCAUCUCCGAGGCCGCCAACAUCACCAAGGUGCGCCCUCGCCUGGAAAGCGGACAACGGUACGAGUACGGCAUCGGAGUCGACUACGAAUCGCGACUCUUUUUCAACGGCUUCAACUCGAAAAAGGACGUUGAAUUCCUCCAGUACUUCAACGUGUCGAAGACCUCCGCCGCGCAGAUGCAGCAUGGCGUUCCGCGCGAACACCGCCUCAUGAUCCCGUCCGACAUCUCCCCCGAGAAGCUCAGAAACCCUUUCAUCCAGCCCAAGUUCGGCAAGGAUGAAUGGGUCAACCCGCCCAUGAACGGCACUCUCGACGCCCUCCCCAACCCGCGCAACCACACCUGGCUCAACCUCACGCUGCUGACCAACGUGCACUCCGCCUCCGUCCCGGCGCUGGUGCACCUGGACGGCGAUCCGCUGCUGAAAGACCCCUGGUGGGCGAAGAUGUGGUUCCACAAGUGGGCGCGCGCCCUUUUGCGCAAGUACAUGCGCGCGCCGACGGGAUUCGACGCCGCGCAGUCGGCCAUGCUGGGAGGGCAGGACUGGUGGGAUCUGCGCGGCGGCAAGGGCGGCGUGUGGACCGACAAGGGCGAGUGGAAGGAUUACGCCGAGGUGUGCACUGGCUACGAGCGCGAUGUCUUUGACGACGAUCUCGGGAAAUGGGGCAAGGAGGGCGGAGAUGACGAGGAGGAGCCGGUUUACAACCAAUUCGGCAAUUUGAUCAAGGGGAAGGAGAACUAAUUGAUCUGCCCACUUUGCUGGAUCUCAUCGUUCACCUCGUUAAUCCGACUCACCUACACCUCUCGAGUCUGUCUGCACUCUCCGACAUCCACCUCCCUCCCUUCACACUGCAUUUUGUCUGCUUUUUUCUUUUCUUGCUCAUAUUAUCCGGGUUGGAUUGAUUGAAGCGAAAACAACCCGCCAUCGAUUGAUGGCCUGCAUUCUAGUAUGGCGUUCGGUGAUUUCACUCUUUUUGCUUCCCUUCUUUCUCAAGUAGAUUGGAUUGGAUGAUCGCUAGACAUUGACCUGUCAGCGCAAUUGCCGGCUUCUUGUACGAUAGUAUUCUUAGGAAGGAUACACGAGAUACCAAG